AUGACCAAGUCCUAUACUGCACCGCUGGGCAAGAAUGGCCCUCUUGUCUCCCGCAUCGGCCUUGGUCUAAUGGGAAUGUCGCUUCCCGUAUACGGCAGUACACCAUCCGACGAGGAUCGAUUCGCCCUGCUCGAUCGCGCACUCGAACUAGGCCAGACAUUUUGGGACACUGCGGAUAUGUACGGAGAUGGCGAGAGCCUCGUUGGGAAAUGGUUCAAGCGCACUGGGAAGCGAAACGAGGUCUUCCUGGCCACAAAGUUCGGAUGGUUGAAGGGACAUCAUGCUAGAGACUAUUCCGUGGACAGCAGUGCUGAAUACUGCAAGUCGUGCUGCGAGGACAGCCUGGCAAAGCUUGGCGUCGACUAUAUCGACCUAUACUAUGCGCACAGCUUGAACUACGACACACCCAUCGAGGAGACCAUGAGGGCUCUCAAAGAACUCCAAGAUGCCGGCAAAAUCAAGCACAUCGGCCUUUCUCUCGUCUCCUCUGCUACGCUCCGGCGCGCGGUCAAGAUCGCGCCCGUCGCCGCCGUGCAGUUCGAGUACUCGCCCUUCUCGCGGGAGAUUGAGAACGCCUCGGGCGACAACCUGCUCGCAACGUGCCGCGAGCUCGGCGUCGCCCUGGUCGUAGCGACCCCCCUGAGCCGCGGCGUCAUCACGGCCGACUACCAUCAAGCUGCCCCUUCUUCCUCCACCGCUGCCGCUGCCACUGCUGGUGCGGCGGUGGACUCGAUCGGGGCGUCGUCGAGCGGCGCUCUGGGAAGCAACGACCACCGCGGCCAGAGCAUGCCGCGCUUCCAGCCGGACAACAUGGCGCAUAACGCCAAGGUCGUCAAGCUCUUCGAGGAGUUUGCUGAUAGAAAGGGGUGCACUGUCGCACAGUUGAGUCUUGCAUGGCUGCUGAGUCGCGGUCUGGAUAUCUUCCCGAUCCCCGGCACCAAAAGGAUGCAGUAUCUCGAGGAGAACUGGGCUGCCGUUGACGUUGAGUUGAGUGAGGAGGAGUUGCGCGACAUAGACGAGUUUCUGAAGACCAAUGCGCUGGAGGGUGCGACUCUCCCCGAGGCGUUCAAGCACUUCAAGUUCCUCGAAACCAAGGAAGAGUGAGCUGGGGGGCACGUCUGAUAACGGCGGGACAUGGAGUAGCCCGGAGGAGGGAGCUUUUCUUGGCUUAGCUCGAGUG